AUGGAGUACGGUUACUUGAGCGGCGCCGGCGGCGGCUUCGAGGGCGGUUGCCUGGGCUCGGGCGGCGGCGAGCUGGCGUGGGGCGAGCUCGCCUCUUGCGGUCAAAUGUCGCAGGCCGCCUACCGCUACCAGGGCAUGCGCUACCAGCCGCCGCCGCCGCAGUGCGCGCGCCCGCAGGACGCCGCGAUAAGGAACCACCAUAUAUUCCCGCCGGCGAUGAAUUUGCAACGUAAG